AUGAUUACAAGGAGAGUAAAGCCAUACCUUCUAAGAAAGGCUUUUAUCCAGCAGUCUCGUUCAGUAAUUAUAAAUGCUGAUUUGCAAAAAAAAUUAGAUGAAUCAGAGUUCCAUCCUGUAAUAGUUAUUGGUGGGGGUCAUGCCGGAUGCGAAGCCGCUACUGGUUCUGCAAGGUCUCAAACACCAACUACAUUGAUAACCCCUUAUAUAAAUAAAAUAGGAACAGCUUCUUGUAACCCUUCCAUGGGUGGUGUAGGAAAGGGGACCUUAUUACGAGAAGUUGAUGCAUUAGAUGGGGUGAGUGCAAGGAUUACUGAUAAAGCAGGCAUUCAUUUUAGGAUUUUAAAUGCAUCAAGAGGUGCUGCAGUACAUGGACCAAGAGCUCAGAUAGAUCGGAAAAUUUAUCUUGAAGAAAUGCAAAAAGAAAUAUUGAACUAUCCCAAUUUAAAAGUUCUAGAAGCUCAAGUUGAAGAUAUUAUAAUAGAACCUGUAUUGAAUGGAGAAGAUUUUUCAGGAAGAGCUUUUGGAGAAGUGAAAGGUGUUAUAUUACUGGAUGGAAGAGUCUUAAAAAGUGAAAAAGUCGUUGUCACUACGGGGACUUUUCUUGGUGGAGAAAUACAUAUUGGAUUGAAAUGUUUCCCAUCAGGGAGAAUGGGAGAAGAUGCCACAUUUGGGUUAUCUAAAACUUUAAAACAAGCUGGUUUUAGAUUGGGGAGAUUGAAAACUGGUACACCACCAAGGUUGUCAUCCAGAACCAUUGAUUUUAAGGGGCUCAUAGAGCAGCCAUCUGAUUUCCCGCCACAACCAAUGUCGUAUAUGAAUGAUAAAGUUGAUUUGGAGGACCAGUUGAUGAAAUGCUAUCAGACAAAAACCAAUCCUGAAUUUCAUAAAAUUAUUGCUGAUAAUUUAGACAAAUCAAUACAUAUAAGAGAAAGUGUCAAAGGUCCCAGAUAUUGUCCAAGUAUUGAAUCCAAAGUGAUUAAAUUUCCAAAUAAAGAUUAUCAUUAUGUUUGGCUUGAACCAGAAGGAUUGGAUUCAGAUUUAAUAUACCCUAAUGGUAUUUCGUGUACUAUGCCAGAAGAAAUUCAAGAAAAAUUAGUAAGAUUAAUGCCAGGGUGUGAGAAUGUCACCAUGACUCAACCAGGGUAUGGAGUUGAAUACGACUUUAUAGAUCCACGUGAGUUGAAAUCAACUUUGGAAACUAAAUUGGUUAAUGGUUUAUAUUUGGCUGGACAGAUCAACGGUACAACUGGAUACGAGGAGGCUGCUGCACAGGGGUGUGUUGCAGGGAUCAAUGCUGGUUUGUCAUACUUGCAAAAGCCUUUAUUGGAGUUAAAACGUCCAGACGGACUUGUGGCUAUUUUAAUUGAUGAUUUAAUUACUAAAGGUGUGGAGGAACCUUAUAGAAUGUUUACUUCUCGUUCUGAGUUUCGAUUCUCCAUAAGAUCAGACAAUGCUGACAACAGAUUAACUCAAAAAGGUUACGACUUGGGUGUUGUUAGUGAAAGAAGGUACCAAUUCUUUAAAAAAGAAUCUGACCAAUUUUGGGAGAUUAAAAAUGUAUUGUCAGAAUUGAAGUUACUGGGUAAACAAUGGGCUCCAGGUUUGCAAGGUCUAAAAACAGAUACCAGAGAAAAUGAUAAAGUAUCUGGUUGGAAAUUGUUAUCAUACCCAGGUGUACUGAUAAAUAAUCUUUUGCCUCACAUGUCAGAUUUUAUGGGUCAAGUGCCACCUUGUCUACAGAAUGUUUCUAUGAGAUUGCAAAACAAAAUUGAUGUUGUGAGUGACUAUGAUCCUAUUAUGUACAGGGAAAAAGCCAAUUUAAACACAUUUGAAAGUCUUGACAUGUACAAGUUGCCCCAAAACUUUACUUAUGAUAAUUCCGGGUCUUUAAAGAUAUCUCACGAAGUUUGCACAAUUUUAAACAUAGUGCAACCAACAACAAUAGGCCAAGCACAGAGUCUCCAAGGAAUCACACCUACAGCUAUAAAUGAAUUGAAAAAAGUGGCAAAAUUUGUUCCUAGCAAAAGUCUUUUGAAAUUAAGAAGUGAAAAGAAUGGUGUGUCAAGUGCCAUGUUUGGAUAG